UCUUGAGAAGUUCAUGGGCACACAGGCCCUGGUUGCAUCUCAGCUCCCUGCUGUGAAACCAGAGACCAUGUAGGCAUCUGGUGGGACAGAGCCUGCCUUCCCUGGGGAACACUCUCACCCACGCCAGGGGGCAGCCGUGCCACAGUCCUGCAGAGCAGCCUGAGCCAGAGAUGAGCCUGGUCACCCCCUUCCUCAGCCGGCAGACUGGGCCACCUAGGGUGACAGGUCCCAGAGUCACAUUAAUUCUAAAGUCCAAUGCCUCAGGCAAGCCCCAGUCUGCCCAGGCCCCUGGGGAACGCCCUCGGGGGACAGAUCGGGAGCCCCGGUGGCUCACAGUUGGCCUGAAGUGGCAAGUCUGGCCACCUGUCUUGUAGAGGGGGAGCUGGCCAGGCUGACCGCCCCCGGUGGCCCCGCUCCCUGCUGCUGCGGACCAGGAGGAGUCCCCUCCCCCAUAUUCAGUAUAACUUCCUGUAGAGCAGGUUCUCGGAAUUGGAAGAGCUGGACAGAAGGCGUGGGUUAACGAAUCCCCGUCCUUGUGCGGGGCGGGGGCCUCAAGCUCUGUCCACCCUACCCUCACUGCCCCGCUGAGGGCGCAGGAGCCCCAGCCCGGCCUGCACAACGCCUUCCCGGUUUCCUCCCUCCCUCCCUCCCACGGCUGCCCACCCCUCCGGCCCCUCCCCCCCCUUUCUCUAGCCUCUCGUCCACUCUCUGUCCCAAAAGAUUUGGAUCUGGCAGGCAGGCAGGCAGGCUUGGUGGCAGCAGCAGGCACCCCAGUCGCAGGGCUAUGGCCUGCGUCUGGGGCGCCCGUCUGCGGGGCUGUUGGCCUGACGGGGCUCCGCUGGUCCCUGGCUCCUGAGUGCGCUCCCUCAUUGGAGAGGUUGUGCAGUGGGGCCUCAACAUCCUCGGGGACCCAGGGGCAGCCGAACUCUGAGGCCCAGUCUCCGGCCUUGUCCUUGGUGGCCUGCCUUUUCUAAUAAGUAACCCCUGGUGGCCAGAGUCCUGCACAGUCACAGGAGAGAGCAGGGGCUCUUUUGCUGUCGUCUCUACUUCUGCGCUCAGUUUUCUCCCUCCCGUUCUCUCUGACUCUGUCUUGGUCUCUGUCCCUUCUGCUGGCUGUCAUUUGGUCUCAGUCUCUGCUUGGCUUUGCCCCAGGGUCUUUGUGUGGCCCAGUUAUGUGGCCAGAAAGCCUGGCUUUUCCUUUUCCUUAAGGAAGCCCUCGAGGCUGGGCCGGAGCCCCACUUCCCCCUUUCCCUGGUCCACCUGAGCCUCUUGUCUUCCCGUCCCAGGACUUGUACUGCACGUGAGGCCUCCCCCACACCCCGAGGGCAGGAUCACCUGUGCGGCUCUGGGUCCCCACACUUGGCUCAGAUUGCAGGCCCGGUGGGCCCUCAGUAACAAGGGUCAACAACACUGGCUGACCAGUGGCACCCAGCCAUCUGUGUCGCAGAAGUCACAUGCCCAGUACCCUACAAGCUCCCUCUGUUGAGCUGGCAGGCGGGCCAUGGAGACCAAGCAUGCCCAUUUCUCUGAGGGCAGAACCAAGUCCUUGGAGAUCAGUGAGCCAGAAUGCAGGGCACUGUUCACCCAGGCAAGCUGAUGACGGCCUGGCGACCUUCUGCCCUGUGCCAUCUGCUUCUGCUCCCAGGUAGGCAGUGGCCUGCACAGGUGCACUGUGGCACCAGGGCAUCGGGGGCAGCCAGCCCUGGGAAAGACAGCCUGUCCCUGCACCGUGUGUGUGUGUGUGUGUGUGUGUGUGUGUGUGUGUGUGUGUGUGUGUGCCACACACACACGUGUGACCUGCUGUGUGCCCUUGGCCCAGCCUGAGGCUAGUGGAAACAGCAACUGUCUCCUGGCCCCAGGUACACUGCCUGGAGUGUGGCCAGCCUGGAGGAAGGGGCAGAGGUUGGAGGGGGGAAGAGUCUGUGGGCAGCUGCCAACUCGGACUCCUGGCCAGCUCCAACCCCAUAAAUACCCACGGGCCAGAGGGGAGGGCCACAUACAGGCUGGAGCACACCAUGGGGCACCUGGGGCUGGUCGUCUUGGGCCUGACCUGCUGCUGGGCAGUAGUGAGCGCAGCAAAGCUGGGCGCGGUAUACACGGAAGGGGGCUUCGUGGAAGGCGUCAACAAGAAGCUCGCCCUCUUCGGCGACUAUGUCGACAUCUUCAAGGGCAUCCCCUUCGCCGCCCCCCCCAAGGCCCUGGAGACCCCUCAGCGGCACCCUGGCUGGCAAGGAACCCUGAAGGCCAAGGACUUUAAGAAGCGGUGCCUGCAGGCCACCAUCACUCAGGACAGCACCUACGGGGUGGAGGACUGCCUCUACCUUAACAUCUGGGUCCCUCAGGGCAAGAAGGACGUGUCCCGGAACCUGCCCGUCAUGAUCUGGAUCUACGGAGGCGCCUUCCUCGUGGGGGCCGGCCACGGGGCCAACUUUCUCAACAACUACCUAUAUGACGGGGAGGAGAUCGCCACGCAGGGCAACGUCAUUGUGGUCACCUUCAACUACCGCGUCGGCCCGCUGGGCUUCCUCAGCACUGGGGAUGCCAACCUGCCAGGUAACUAUGGCCUUUGGGAUCAGCACAUGGCCAUCGCUUGGGUGAAGAGGAACAUUGCAGCCUUUGGGGGGGACCCCAACAACAUCACUCUCUUUGGGGAAUCUGCUGGAGGCGCCAGCGUUUCUCUGCAGACCCUUUCUCCCCACAACAAGGGCCUCAUCCAGCGAGCCAUCAGCCAGAGUGGCGUGGCACUGUGCCCCUGGGCCAUCCAGAGAAACCCCCUCUUCUGGGCCAAAAGGAUCGCCGAGAAAGUGGGCUGCCCCUUGGACGAUACCGCCAGGAUGGCCAAGUGUCUGAAGGUUACCGACCCCCGUGCCCUGACGCUGGCCUAUAAGAUGCCCCUGGCAGGCAUGGAGUAUCCCAUGCUGCACUAUCUGGGCUUUCUCCCUGUUGUCGAUGGAGACUUCAUCCCCGAUGACCCCGUCAACCUGUACGCCAAUGCGGCCGACAUUGACUACCUAGCAGGCUCCAACAACAUGGAUGGCCACAUCUUUGCCAGCAUCGACAUGCCGGCCAUCAACAAGGAUAAACAGGAGGUCACAGAAGAGGACUUCUACAAGCUGGUCAGCGGGCUCACCAUCGCCAAGGGGCUCAGGGGUGCCAACGCCACCUUUGACAUCUACACCGAGUCCUGGGCCCUCGACGCGUCCCAGGAGACCAAGAAGAAGACCGUGGUGGACUUUGAGACAGACAUCCUCUUCCUGGUGCCCACCAAGAUUGCCGUGGCCCAGCACAGAGCCAAUGCCAAGAGUGCCAAAACCUACAGCUACGUGUUCUCCCACCCCUCUCGGAUGCCCACCUACCCCAAAUGGGUGGGGGCUGACCACGCGGAUGACAUCCAGUACGUCUUUGGGAAGCCCUUCGCCACCCCCCUGGGCUACCGGACCCAAGACAGGACUGUCUCCAAGGCCAUGAUUGCCUACUGGACCAACUUUGCCAGAACUGGGGACCCCAACAUGGGACAUUCGGCUGUGCCCACACUGUGGAAUCCCUAUACCGUCGAAAAUGGCAACUACCUGGAGAUCACCAAGAAGAUAGAUCGCAACUCCAUGAAGCAGCACCUGAGGACUAAUUAUCUGCGCUACUGGACCUUGACCUACGAGGCACUGCCCACAGUGACCGGAAAUGGGGCCGCCCCCGUGCCCCCCUCGGGGGAUUCUGAUGCCGCCCCCGCGCCCCCUUCCGGGGACUCUGAUGCCGCUCCCGUGCCCCCCUCGGGGGAUUCUGAUGCCGCCCCCGCGCCCCCUUCCGGGGACUCUGAUGCCGCUCCCGUGCCCCCCUCGGGGGACUCUGAUGCCGCCCCCGUGCCCCCCUCUGGGGAUUCUGAUGCCGCCCCCGCGCCCCCUUCCGGGGACUCCGAUGCCGCCCCCGUGCCCCCCUCGGGGGACUCUGAUGCCGCCCCCGUGCCCCCCUCUGGGGAUUCUGAUGCCGCCCCCGCGCCCCCUUCCGGGGACUCUGAUGCCGCCCCCGCGCCCCCCUCGGGGGACUCUGAUGCCGCCCCCGUGCCCCCCUCUGGGGAUUCUGAUGCCGCCCCCGUGCCCCCCUCGGGGGACUCCGAUGCCGCUCCGCCCCCCUCGGGGGAUUCCGAUGCCGCCCCCGCUCCCCCUUCUGGGGACUCCGAUGCGGCCCCCGCUCCCCCCUCGGGGGACUCUGAUGCCGCCCCAGCCCCUCCCUCCGGGGAUUCUGAUACCGCCCCUGCGCCCCCCUCAGGGAACUCUGAAGGGGCUCAGAUGCCUGCAGUCAUCGGCUUCUAAUGUCCUCGGCCCCAAGAAGCCAUAGGGUGAGACCCAGGGGACCCACCUCCUCUCCAGAGCUCUUCCUGAAUAAAGCCUCAUCUCUCUCUG